AUGAGGCAUGUAAAAUUGCGCAUCUGCUUGGGAUCCUUGUGACGACUGCCGGAACUUGCGCAGAUCUCCCUGAAGGACCUGAGAAAGAUGAACAAGGCAACCAGCCAGUUGAGCAUUCCAUUCCUGGAGUGUCUCGCGACAGAAACUGAUUUCCGUAUCGAAGAUCUCGCAGAUUCAAGGCAGGCGGUGUGGAAUACAAGUGGAAGAUCGCGGAUGGGAACGAUCUAUACGUGAGAGAUUUCUCCUGCAGUGAGCGCACAAUGACCAGUGACCAUUUUCAGUGUGUCGAAGCAAGCAGCAAGAAGACGGUGGCGACCUGGACAGACAAAGAGACGACGUUGCGCGUGAUGGCUUCGGCUGAGCAGGUGUUGGAUCGGAUGGUUGUGACAUGUGUGCUGAAUUUGUGGAUUAGACACUUGGGGC